UGCUUUCUGAGCUGGAUAAAACAAAGCUUAAUCUGGAGUGAGGAAGAGGAUCAGGAAUCUUUAAGGCCGUCAGGUCUCAACAGGCGUCCUUGAAGUCUUCUUAAAUCACAAUCGAGUGUAAGAAGCUACAUUUUGCAAAUACAACACAGCAGCUACUGACUUCUUCAGGAACAAUGCAGCUCAUCAGAGCUUUUGCAUUCCUUUGCCUGGUGAUUUCAGUCGGUGCGCAGAGGAGUUACAGACUGACCUGCUAUCUGGAUGUUUUAACACACCGUACACGUGAGGGGCCGUGCUCUCACAUCAUCCUCCCCUUGACCUCCACUGAUGACGACCUUUACCUCCAAAGCUUGUCAGAAGAUGACAGUCUUACUAUUAGAAUGAUGAAGGAGAGAAAUCUAUCUUUGAAGAUUUUGCUUGGCUUGGAAAUCAAAUCAUCAAGUUUGGAGCUGAUGUCUGCUAAUGAGGCCGGUGUUGAGACUUUUGUUCAAACGGUAUUGAAAUACCUAAAGGACAAGAGUUUAGACGGUCUAGACGUGACUUGGCUGGAUGGCCCUUCUUCUAGUGAAUCUAGCAGAACCAUAGAGCUAUUCACAAAUUUUCUGAAGAGUCUAAAAGGCGCGUUUGAAAAAGAAACCCCGCCUCUUCUUCUAACAGUGUCUGUACUAGAGCCUGCUGACCACAGUGCAGUCACUUAUAAUGAGCGAACGCUUUCACAGUAUGUGGACUUCAUAUCCAUUCUGCCUGCUCACCUCGAAAAGGAUGGACCAUACAUUGACAAAAUAACCCAGCACUGGCAGGACCAGCAAGUUGACCUGCAAAAGCUCAAUCUAGCCAUGCCUACUUUUCUACGGCGGUCACAUCGAAGGCAUCACCACAGGGAUCGCCUCAAGCAUGAUGACAUGAAUACAGAGACAGGAAGGAAGGAUCACAUCCAUGUUUUGGGCUUAUACCUGGGCGAUCAGGUGUGUCAGGCCAUUAAAAGUGGACAAGAGCGGUUCAUUACUUUAACAAGUCCCUCAAAUGAGCAAAGUCUUGUAGCAGAGGUGCUCCAGAAAGGCUUUGGUGGCAUAGGAGUUGUCUUUAUAGAUCUGGACGUCUUCUAUAGCUCCAUGUGUGCAACCAUUACUCAGGAAGAACGAGCGAUGGUUGAAUCAAAGGUGAUUAUGCAUUCACAUCAUGAACGCAGACGUCAUGAGCAUGGUGGUCAUCAUCACAGGAGGAGCCAUCACCACAGCCGCCACCAGCAUCAUCACUCUCAUCUUCCUUACGCCAGCCAUGGUCACCAUCACCAUGGACAUCAUCAACAUGGCCGUCGUCACCAUGGUCACCACCAUCAUCACCAUCAGCAUCGUCCAAUGAUUCCUCAAAGCAACCUAACCCUGGAAGAACGGCAGGGCAUGGAGUGAACUUAAUACAUAAAUCGCAUAUGAUGAAUGUUAAUGAGAUAUAUAUAAUUUUCCACACAAAAUUCUCGUUAACUUUUAUAUACUAUCUAUCUAUCUAUCUAUCUAUUGAUCGAUCGAUUAUUAAAAAUGUUGGUAAAUAAUUAGUUUACAAUUUAUUACUUUUUUUGCAUUACAGUAAAUUACAGUAAUGAGAAUUACAUUUUUUGCAUUAUAGGGAUGCCAAUGACAUUGCAAUAUGGUAAUGCGAAUUAUUUUUGUAAUACUGCAAAAAUAAUUUUUUGUUCUGCAUUAUAGUACUGAGAAUUAGAUUUUUACAGUUAUGUGACUAAUUUUGUUUUGCUCUAUGCUAAUGAGAUUUUUUUGCAUUAAGUUUUCAUGCUUUAACUAACUAAUGUUUUUAAUAAUGGCUUAUUAUUGCAAAAAAAAAAGCUUAUUGUAUAUCAAAGCAGAUCAAUGCAGCAUUAUGAAAUAAACAUGUAGCAUAAAA